CUACCUUCAUUCGAAAUUUUGUGACUACCAUGGCCAGCGGGAUGAGGACCAAGGAAAACACACCUUCCAUCGAAGAGGCCGCCGACGCUGCUGGUCAAGUCGUUGCCCCGCAACCUACGUCGCUGACCGCGCACGUGCUUAUCAACUAUCGGUGGGUCUUUGUCUGCUUCUUCCUGUUGCCGUUGUCGUUUUUUUACGAUAUUUGGUACUACCUGCGCAACAAAGUCAUCUUCUACGCCAACUCUGCACCGACCAAGCACACUGAGCGCGUUCGGCAGGUUCAGGAGCAAGUGCUCAAGUGGAACAAGGAUGGAAGGAAGGCACCCAUGUGCACGGCUCGUCCCGGUUGGCAAAACAUUUCAUACCGACGUGGCUUGUACAAAAAGACACUGUCCAACAUCAAAAUCAACAUGAUGGACGUGCUGAAAGUCGACACUGCGGCCAAGUCGGUGUGGGUCGAGCCCCUCGUGACAAUGGGGCAGCUGUCGGCCACGUUGAGCCCACUGGGUUGGUGCCUUGCGAUUGUUCCCGAGUUGGACGACUUGACUGUGGGCGGGUUGGUCAUGGGAACCGGCAUCGAAACGUCGUCGCAUCGAUAUGGUCUCUUCCAGCACAUUUGCACGUCGUACGAGUUGGUCCUCGCCGAUGGGUCGGUCGUCACGUGCUCCAAGGAUGUCAACCCCGACCUGUUUUACGCCGUUCCAUGGUCCUACGGAACGCUAGGCUUCCUCACGGCCGUGGAAAUUCAAAUUGUGCCGACCAAGCAGUUUGUCAAGCUCGAGUACCAUCCCGUGUCGUCUCUCGACGAGGCCUGCCACGUGUUUGAGUCGGCUUCCAAGGACACUGAAGCGAACCACUUUGUGGAAGCGCUCAUGUUCACGUUGAACAAGGGGGUGGUCAUGACGGGGUCCAUGGUGAACCAAGUCGACUCGACCAAGGUGAACGCGAUUGGGACGUGGCACAAGCCGUGGUUCUUCAAACACGUCGAAGCAAAGUUCGACCAGCGUGCCGCGGAUCGCGUCGAGUAUAUCCCGCUGCGCGACUACUUUCACCGGCACUCGCGCAGCAUCUUUUGGGAGAUUCAGGACAUCAUUCCGUUUGGCAACCACGUCGUGUUUCGAUAUCUCCUCGGGUGGCUUGUCCCGCCCAAGGUGUCGCUGCUCAAGUUGACGCAGAGCGACGCGAUCAAGCAACUGUACGACAACCAUCACUUCAUCCAGGACAUGUUGGUUCCCAUGACGCGUCUCAAGGAAGCGCUAAAAGUGUUUCACCGCGAAGUUCAAGUGUAUCCGUUGUGGCUGUGCCCGUUUGUGCUGCCGUCCCGACCGGGCAUGCUCCAAACGAACGCGGCCGGGGACACCUUAUUUGUCGACAUUGGGGCAUAUGGAGUCCCGCACGUUGCCAACUUUCACCCGGUGCACACGACCCGCCGCAUCGAAGCGUUUGUGCGCGACAACGACGGGUUCCAAAUGAUGUAUGCCGAUUCGUACAUGACAGAAGACGAGUUUGAGUCGAUGUUUGACCAUUCGUUGUACAACAAGAUGCGGACCAAGUACAAUUGCGACGGCGCGUUUCCCCGGGUGUUUGGAAAGGUAUCUCGCGCCGUCCGCGACUAAAACGGCGCUGUCAAGCGAUGAUAUUGUAAAGACAUGCGACGCCUAGUGCGACGGACGCGUGAGGCUAAAGUACAAUGCGUACGCGCGGCUGAGCCCGUCGUCCAUCGCGCAGUCUUGGAGUUUCUUGCAAGCAUCCCGGGCCGACAUGACACUAGAGUUGGCCACGAGCAGCGACGUCCACGCAUUCGUGGAGGGCAGGUCCAAUUUCGACAGCACUUCGUUCCAUUCUUCGACCACGAAGAAGCUGGGCCGCGAGUACUCGAGCACUGGCGACACAGGCAGCAUUUGAAUGCCAUGGAUGCAUUCCCGA